AGAAAGCCAAGCCAAGCCAAAAAAAAAAAAAAAAGCGCUUCGUCUCUCUGUCUGCUGUUCUGCUCUCCUUCCUUCCCCUCGGCGGCGCGGGCGGCGAGGGUUUGGAAGCGUGCGGUGAGCGGCGCAAGACCCUAGCCCCUCGGCGGCAUCUUCUAUUCAAGUGGCUCGCGGCCUCGCCGCCCCCCCCGCGAGCGCGAUGAGGGUGAAGGUGAUUUCGCGCUCCACCGACGAGUUCACGCGUGAGCGCAGCCAGGACCUGCAGAAAGUAUUCCGCAACUAUGAUCCAGCGCUUCGUAGUCAAGAGAAAGCUGUUGAAUACACUCGGGCACUUAAUGCUGCAAAGUUAGAGAAGAUAUUUGCUAAGCCAUUUAUCGGAGCUAUGAAUGGGCAUAUUGAUGCGGUAUCGUGCAUGGCAAAAAACCCCAAUCAUUUGAAAGCGAUAUUUUCCGGUUCGAUGGAUGGAGAUAUUCGCCUUUGGGAUAUUGCUGCGAGGAAGACAGUUUGCCAGUUCCCUGGACACCAGGGUGCUGUAAGAGGUUUAACAACAUCCACGGAGGGUGAUCUUCUUGUAUCAUGUGGCGUUGACUGCACUGUUCGGCUCUGGAAAGUUCCGAUGCUUAAAAUGGUGGACACCAGCGACCAUAAUGGAGAUAAUUCCCAGCCAUCAGCAGUCUACACCUGGAAGCAUGCAUUCUGGGGUGCUGACCACCAGUGGGAUGGUAAUCUUUUUGCAACUGUUGGUGCCCAAGUUGAUAUAUGGGAUCCUGACAGGUCAGAGCCAAUAAAUAGCUUUGAGUGGGGUAAAGAUACAGUUCUUUCUGUGCGCUUUGAUCCUGGAGAUUGUAAUAUUUUGAUUACAUCGGGCAGUGAUCGGAGUCUAACACUCUAUGACCUGCGCAUGUCAUCUCCAGCUAGAAAACUAAUAAUGAAGACAAGGUGCAAUUCAGUAUGCUGGAACCCCAGAGAGCCCAUGAACUUCACUGCUGCAAAUGAAGACACAAACUGUUAUUCGUUUGAUGCUAGAAGGCUGGACGAAGCCAAAAUUGUUCACAAAGGACAUGUUUCAGCAGUGAUGGAUAUUGACUACUCUCCAACAGGGCGUGAAUUUGUUACUGGUUCCUAUGAUAGAACAGUAAGGAUUUUUAAUUAUCUUGGAGAUCACAGCAGAGAGAUUUACCACACCAAGAGGAUGCAAAGGGUGUUUUGUGUGAAGUACACCUACGACGGGACCUAUCUAGUCUCUGGCAGUGAUGAUACAAAUCUUCGGCUGUGGAAAUCCAAAGCUUCGGAACAACUUGGAGUACUUCUUCCACGGGAGCGCAAAAAGCAAGAGUACCAGGAUGCUUUGAAGGAGCGAUACAAGCAUCUCCCAGAAGUGAAGCGGAUUGUAAGGCAUAGACACCUGCCGAAGCCAAUCUACAAGGCAGCCAACCUACGGCGCACGAUGAUUGAAGCUGAAAACCGCAAAGAGGAAAGAAGGCGAAAGCACAGCGCUCCGGGGAGCAUGCCUGUGCAGCCCUUCAGGAAGCGAAGAAUCAUCAAAGAAGUUGAGUAGGCAUGCAGUUGGCAGCAUGGUGAUCGUGGGAGUUUGUUUUGUUGAAACCGGUGUUUAGAUGAGAAUGCAUGCUAAUUGUUUGCCGUUAGUACGAAGAGCUCUAGUUUUCACCCCCUAAAUAUGUGUUGUAUCAAUGACCCGGUUUGGGUUAUUAUUGUUUAAAAUUCAAAACCAAAUAUUUGUGUUGGGCGCGUUAUAAGAUCUUUGCAACCGCGAGGAAUUCUGAACUGAAGGUACAGGGCUUACUCCUAGGGAAACUGACGCCUGAUGGCUGAAAUAAAUGGCCAUUCAGUGAACUGGACUACUGGAGAGGCGCGACAUCGUCUGGAACGUAACAGCAAAUAAAGCUGGUCCAGCUAUAUAUCUGCCGUGAA